AUGGCAUCAGGUACUUCAUCUGCGAAAUUUGAUGUUGUCAAAAUUUAUGGAACUAGUAACUUCGGUUUAUGGCAGAAAAGGAUGAAGGAUUUUUUUGUGCAGCAAGGGAUGGUGAAGGUCGUGUAUGGUGUUCAAUUGGAUGGCAUGAAUGGGGCUAAUUGGAAGGAAAUGGAGGCGAAGAUGGUGCCUACUAUCAGAUUAUGUAUGGCGAAUGAUGUGUUGUACAACAUCAUGGAAGAGGAUUCUCUUGUGGCUAUUUGGAAAAAGCUUGAAAGCUGGUACAUGUCUAAAUCUCUUGCGAAUAAACUUUUUCUUCAGCAAAGGCUUUAUUGGCUUAAGAUGCUCCAGCUGAGCAUUUUCCAUGCUUCCAAACAUCCACUUGAUGAAGUUCAAGUUGUCGAUGUUGAUAUGAUUAACGAAUGUGUUGAGGAAGCAACUCCCUCAAUUUUGUGGAGAGAUCCUUUGGAGGACAUGCUUCAGCCUAAAAGCCUCCCUACCUCUAACCUGGAGGACUUUUAUGAGAAACCUUUUGCAACUUAUGAUUCGGACUUCAGUUUACAGGAAAAUUUCGGGGUUAGUGACAGGCCUAGAACACCAUUGAGAGACAUCACUUUGUUGCAAGUACAGUCAUUUGUGAGAGACGACUCGAUUAACAAGGAGUGA